GGCUUUAAUAGGUCCUAGAGAGAACAUGUUCUAAAUUUAUAUAAGCCUCACCCCCCGAUAGCUACAUAAAAAACAAGAUGCAUCUCUCUUUAUGAACCAAGAGUCCGGUGGCCUCUUCAGAAUUCCAAAAGCUCCGGCGAGCUCACAUCCAUGGAUGUCCAAAGAAUCCUUCACAUGAAACAAGGCCUUGGUGAAGCCAGCUAUGCUCAAAACUCCUCCCUUCAGAAAAAGAGCAUAGACGCCUUGCAGCAUAUAAUCAACAACUCAGCAAUAGACGCCUACACUUCACAGACACCAGAAACCCUAGCGAUGGCUGAUCUCGGAUGCUCUUCAGGCCCGAACACUCUCUCCAUCAUCAGAACCAUCAUCGAUGCGAUCAACAGGACCUGCACGGAGGCUUCAAAGGCAUCACCCGAGUUCAUGGUGUUUCUAAAUGACCUUCCAACUAAUGAUUUUAAUUCAGUAUUUGCUACUCUGCCAGAGUUCAUCAAGAAUCUUGGUUGUUCAUCAGUUUUUAUGGCUGGAGUUCCGGGGAGUUUCUAUGGGAGACUUUUUCCUAAUAGUAGCUUGCACUUCAUAAGUUCAUGUUAUAGCUUGCAUUGGCUCUCUCAGGUUCCUCAAGGGCUUUUCAACGGAGAAGGUAAGCCGAUCAAUAAAGGGAAGAUGUGCAUAUCAAAUACGAGCCCUGCUGCGGUCGCAGAAGCAUAUUCUCAGCAGUUCAGGAGAGAUUUCAGUCUCUUUCUCAGGUCAAGGUCAGAGGAACUCAUCAGUGGAGGCAAAAUGGUCCUCAUUAUGCUAGGAAGGAACACUGAUGACCACUGUGACCGCAGCACAAAUUUCUUAUGGGAAGUGUUAGCGCAGUCAUUUGCAAUCAUGGUGUCCCAGGAAUUGGUCGAAGAAGAGAGGGUGGAUUCGUAUAAUGUUCCGUUUUAUGCUCCAUCAUUUAAGGAAAUAGAGGACGAAGCAGAAAAAGUCUCGUCUUUUACAAUUGACCAUAUACGAGUACAUGAGUUGAACAUUAGUACGGGUACUGCAAAGGAGGAAGCAGAAAUUACUUCGAUGGCUAUAAGAGCAAUACAAGAAUCGAUGAUAACUCAUCAUUUUGGGGAGGGGGUCAUUGAAACCUUAUUCCAAUAUUAUAGGGAACUAUUAAGCGAAGCAAUGGCAAAAGAAGAGAGGAAUUGUGCUCACCUGGUGGUAGUCUUAAGAAAGAUGCAUUAGUUAAAUAUUGUUACGAUAACCUUUGCUUAUUGUUUUGCUCUUCUCUUUAUCAUUUUAAGAAUAAGAGAUCCAUGUAGUUCAUCAUCUGAGAUGACUUUUUUUAGAAUUUCGGUUCACUUCAUGUACAGAAUAAUUAUACCAUUUCUGGUCAACC